GCUGACAACAGGUCUUCCAGCUGACGACAGAUCAGGAUCAGAGGCCCGGAUCUUGGCCUCUCUCAGAGCAGGUGUGUCCGCUCUGGUUUGGACUGGGUUGCAGGAUCUGUCCUUUACUCCUCUGGACCAAUCAGUGGGCACUUACGACGUUCGCGCAAAAGCCGUGACGCAGGACGUUUGGGUUGUGACUAGUGGUUUACGGAAAUGAAAUGACAAGCUUAACAUUAGUCAUAAAUGUCACAAGGAACAGGUAAAAAGAACAAAUUCAGUGGAAAGGUUGCUGUUCAGAUGAGGAGGACUUGCCUGGUUGACCCUGUGUGUCACCCCCCGUUGCUAUGGCAACAUCCUAUUUUCCCACAUUCCUCCUCCUCCUUUUUCUGUCCUCCUUCACCCUCUUGCUGGUGACCCUCCUGCCCUCUGUUUUGCCUUUGAUGUCUUUUCGUUCCCCCUCUCCCCCGUCACCUUGGCCAUCACAGUCCUGUGGUCCAGGUCAGUCCUGGGCCGUCCAGCUCCAUGCUGGCCCACAUCAUGUGGAAAAAGACGGUCAACAGAGCUCUGUGCUCUUUGACGUAAUAGCCAACAGGGUAGCAGAGCAGGCUGGACUGCAGAACCAGGGCCAGAUUGGCCAGCUGGAAGGCCACUACUUGCUGUGUUCUGUAAAGCCCAGUGCUGGAUCCCUGGGAGAUAUUUUGAGAAAAGGUGUCCAGCCUGAGGAUACUCUAGCAGCCCACCCUCAUGUCCUGUGGUACUCCCAGGAGAGAGUGCUCAGCCGCUCGAAGAGAUCGAUGGCCUUCAACGAUCCCCAAUAUCCUAAGCAGUGGCACCUGCAUAAUGACAUCAAUAAGGGUAUGGACAUCAACAUGACAGGUGUGUGGGAGCGCAACAUAACUGGCCGAGGAGUCACAGUGGUCGUGGUAGAUGACGGAGUGGAACAUACGCACCAGGACAUUCAGCCCAACUAUAGUCCAGAGGGCAGUUUUGACCUGAAUUCCAACGACCCGGACCCCAUGCCUCACCCUGACGUCAACAGCGACAACCACCACGGAACUCGAUGUGCUGGAGAGAUUGCAGCCGUUCCCAACAAUAGCUUCUGUGCCGUGGGGGUGGCUUACGGCAGCAAAGUGGCAGGUAUCAGGGUCCUGGAUGGCCCACUGACAGACAGUCUGGAGGCCAUAGCCUUCAAUAAGCACUACCAGGUCAAUGACAUUUAUAGCUGCAGUUGGGGUCCAGAUGAUGACGGACGCACUGUGGAUGGACCUCAUCCUCUGGGCAAGGCGGCACUGCAGCACGGGGUGAUUGCAGGCAGACGAGGCUUCGGCAGCAUCUUCGUGGUUGCCAGUGGCAAUGGAGGUCAAUUCAAUGACAACUGCAAUUAUGACGGCUACGCCAACUCAAUCUACACCAUCACAAUCGGAGCAGUUGAUGAGAAUGGCAGGAUGCCCUUCUAUGCUGAAGAGUGUGCGGCCAUGCUUGCUGUUACUUUCAGCAGCGGGGGGAGCAAGCUGAGGAGCAUUGUGACAUCAGACUGGUCCAUGCAGAAGGGGACGGGCUGUACAGAGGGCCACACCGGCACGUCUGCCGCAGCCCCCCUGGCGGCAGGAAUGGUGGCCCUCAUGCUGCAGGUCCGUCCCUGCCUCAGCUGGAGGGACGUCCAGCACAUCAUCACCUACACCGCCACCAAGUGUGACAACAGUGCAGACUGGAGGGUGAAUGGAGCUGGUUUCCAUCACAGCCACCAGCAUGGCUUCGGUCUGCUCAACACAUGGAGACUUGUCAAUGCUGCCAGUGUGUGGGAGUCAGUGCCGUUCCUUGUGUCCUAUCAGAGCUCAGUAAUUAAAGAGGAAGCGUCCAUCCCAAUUUAUCCAGACGAGCUGAUUCGUACCUGGAAAGUCUCUGCUGCUGACCGGAGACAGUCUGGAAUGGAGACACUGGAACACGUGGCCAUUACCGUUACAAUAUCCCACCCUUGCCGUGGCAACUUGGAGAUUGUGUUGGUCUGCCCCAGCGGCAUGACGUCAGUCAUCGGGGCACGCCGUGCCAUUGACAGAGACCCUUCAGGCUACCAGGACUGGACUUUCUCCACUGUGCGCUGCUGGGGAGAGAGAGCUGAAGGCCAGUACACCCUCAAGAUAUCUGACCAUAAGGAGCCGUCAUCUAAGCAGUAUGCUGCUGUGGGAGUGUUAAAGCAGUGGAAGCUGACCUUGUAUGGCUCCUCUAUGACCUUCAGUGAGGUCAAGGACAGACAGAAGCUGGUGGAGGAGGCUAUGAGUGGCAAGUAUCUGGACAACAGCUCCUCUCUGCCCUGCCCUCCAGGCCUGGACAUCCCUCCAGAGAUCGUCAGCCCCUUCACUUCCAACAACCUCAAGUUCCUGCUGUUGCUAGGCUGCUUUGCUCUCUUUUGGUCUCUCUACUACACACUGGAGGUCAUGCUGGCCCACCUGGACCUCCGGGGCCUUCUCUGUCUGCGCAGGGGACAGGGAGGUCCUCGGGCCAGGGGGGGGCGCCGAGGCAGGGGAGUGGAGGAUGCGGUGGUAGAGGAAGAGGAGGAGGAGGAUGGGGAGGAAGAGGAGGCGGACUCAGGGGUGGAGUUGCAUGCAGUGCUGGACUCCGAGGCCAAAGCACCACUUUUAAAUGGUGAGCGGCUGGUAACAUAGCAGUGAGCCAGACGAUGGGUCUAAAAUCUCUCAUGUGCUCAUGGGACGUCUCAGGCUUUUUACGCUCUCCUCCCCACCCACCCAGACUCUUCUACUACUUCUGAGACCUGUCAACAUUAACUGUGGUGAUGGGGUGUCACAGAACGGACUGCAGAUAAACUUAAACUAAGAGUGGACUCUUUGUCCUCUGCAUUCCCCAAACAUAUGGCCUUGUCUGAAAAUCUGUACGUGUGCGUGUGCGUGCGUGCGUGCGUGCGUAUGUGCGUGCGUGUGUGUGUUGUACACCUGUCCUUCAAAAGUGUGGGUAUUUUGCCAGUCCUGGGGUUAAAAUUCCCAACAGAGUUAGGUUUAAGUUAGAGUAAGGUUCAGGCAUGAACUGGAGAGGGACCUGUAUAAUUGCAUGUUUGCAUGUGUGAAAGUGUGUAUACAGGCUUGUCUGUAUGUGCACCCACAGAAGAACUGAGCUUACAGGUUGAUGGGAUGCCCCUGAGGGAUCUUUAAACCAAGAAAAAGGUACAAAUCUGAUGUGUGAGUGAGUGAGCAUGCCCUGUGUGUGUUGUGACAUGAGUGGGGGUGCUUGUAAUUUGCAAGGUCUUCCAUGAAGAAGUGUCCUCAAAUGUGAGGUUUUAAGAGGGUAUGGUAUUUUAAAGAAUAUGAUUUAUUUUCUUAGGUGUUGUUUGCUUUUUAAGUCUGGGGUUAUUUGAGGGUUAUCACUCAACUACUGAAAUAAACUUGAAGUGGAAUUUUCAAGUUUUGGAUUUGCAUAUGUAUUUUUUUUUUUUUUAUAUAUAAAGUGUAAUAUAUACACAAUGUGUGCCUGCUGUACAGAUAUAUACCAGUUGUGUUUAAUGAUUUGUACAAAGUGUUUUUAAGGAUGUAUUAAAGAGUUUAAUUUUUUAAUGUAAAGGAAUGUUUGGGGUGAAGGCUGAAACUGUGUUUUGCUGUGCAAGUCACAGGUGAUGUGAAUGAUAAUAAAAGACU